AGAAGACUAGUUUAUAAUGUGCGACUAGUCAAGGAUGUGACAGACUGGUUAUUUAUUACGACAGUCAGAUCUGACCAGUGAUUGUGUGUAAUAGAGCCAGAUGGCGUGAGUUAUGUGUUUAUAUCCUGUUCUGCUGAGCAAAGGUCACCUUUCAAGACAGCAGCACUGUUUUGCUUUUGAUUUGUAGUCUAGUGCUUUCUAAGAUGCAUAUGUAUUCUUUGUUUUUACCUCAGUUUAAGGUUAAGGUGGUUAAGGACAGCGAUAACAGGCUCAUAUUAUGUAAAACUUUUAAUAUGCAUGUUUUCUUUCCCAAUAGACUGCAAUAUCUGUAAACUGCAGUUCCCAGAGAUGCAGUGGUGCAGGUGGGCAGGCGACUGGACGUCUCGUCUCAAGACGCAGUCCACAGGGCAGGAGGAUGAAGACCGCUGUGACUUUCUGUUCAAGAUCAUCCUGAUUGGUGACAGUAAUGUGGGAAAGACCUGCGUGAUCCACAGCUUCAGGUCUGGGCUCUUCAGUGACGGCCAGCACAACACUAUUGGAGUGGACUUCACCGUUCGCACGAUAGACAUCGAUGGGAAGAGAGUGAAGAUGCAGGUCUGGGACACAGCGGGACAGGAGCGUUUCCGCACCAUCACACAGAGUUACUACCGAAGCGCUCACGGUGCCAUGAUCGCAUACGAUCUGACCCGACGACCCACCUUUGAGUCUGUGCCGCACUGGAUACAAGGGGUGGAGCAGUAUGGAGCCGCCAAUGUCGUCUUCGUUCUGAUAGGUAAUAAGUGUGACCUGGAGGCACAGCGGCAGGUGCUGUUUGAGGACGCGUGCACGCUAGCGGAGCACACAGGUGCGCUGGCGGCGCUCGAGACCUCCGCCAAACAGCAUCACAACAUCGAGGAAGCGUUCGAACUGAUGGCGCGAGAACUCAUAGCGCAGUACGGAGGAACAGUCCAUCAGGACAGCCAAUCAGAUUCACCGACUGUUUUCCCACACUCAGACUCUCAUCCAAUAGAUGAAGAAGAACACCUGGAGAAGAGGUCAUGUGACUGCUGACGGGCAAAUUUUUGCUCAACCCUGUAAAACACGUUGUAAAUAUAAGCCUUUGACGCUUUCCUGAGUGCAAACACAAAUACGAACUGGAUCAUUUGCCAGAUCUGUUUCACCAAUAUCAUAUUUUUACAGCCUCAAUGUUUUAAGCACCCCAUGCAACAUGGUGUAUGUGGAGUAAAAACAAAUCAAAUAUCUGUAAAAUGUAAAAUUGCAUUUAAUGAAUUAACUCUGUGAACAUGUAUACAAGUACAAUAUUACGGAUUACCUCUUAUGGGACCUUUAUUGUGCAGUAGGUUGUGUAGAGUACAAUAAAAUGUUAAAAACUGUUAAUAAAUGCAUUUUGUUCUCUUCGUAA